AUGAGGAAAGAGUAUACUAUCAUUUUAUCCCUAGUUUUGUUGUUUGCCGUGUUCAAUGUUGUUGGACAAGCAGUUGAAACAGCUGAAAAUACAUCAACAGCAAAUGGACUGAAACAGACUGAUAAUACAGUCAACACAAGUAAACGUGAAGAUGGUUUGUUUGUCAUCUUAUUCAUUGAAUUUUGGUUAAUAUACCAAUUAAUUUUGUUUUUGAAGAGCGAAAUCAGUAUGGAAAUCGAUCUGGGAUUGGACAAAAGGAUUAAUCACCGUGAUAUGCACCUUGAAUACCUUUCUGGGUUAUUAUUUAAAGCAAUACUAACAAAGAUGAGAAAGGAGUUCACUUUCAUUUUAUCACUGAUUUUGUUGUUUGGCGUUUUCAAUGUUAUUGGAGGAGGUAGUGCAGGAGAAAAUAACAGUUCCACUGGAUCAAGCUCAACCUCGAACUCGGCCUGGACAUGGACGAAAAUAAUACUCACCGCGAUAUGCACCUUGAAUAACAUUCUGAGUUACUUUAUAGGCAGUAAAUGA